AUGCAGCCCAACGCGCGCCUCCUACGGCUUCAGGCGAUGGGCUUUGAGCCUGCCGCCGCGCGGCGCGCCCUGCAGCGGACAAAUGGAGACAUCGAGGCUGCCGCCGCUCUGUUGGUGAGCAAAGGCGCAGAGGCAAACGGGGCGGUCCCUCUACCGCCUAGCGCCCAGCGCGCGUCUCCUCCGCCGCGGCCACCACCACCCCAGCCGCACCAGCAGCCGCAGCCGCAGCGGCCUCAGCCUCCACCACCGCCGCCGCCACCACCACCUCCUCCGCCGCAGCAGCCGCCGCCGCCGCCGCCGCCGCCGCCGCCGCCGCCGCCGCCGCCGCCGCCGCCGCCUCCACCGGAGGAGAUCGCCCUGCUCGGGGAGCGUGUCGUCAUCAGUGGCCUCGCCGCCCGGCCAGAGUACAACGGCCUCCGCGGCACGGUCGUUCGCAGCGCCGCCGGCGAGCGAGCUCGCGCUGUACUCCUGAGCGACCUCGUCUGGCUCCGCCCGUCUUCCCUCCUGCCUCGCCCCGAAGAGAAGCAGCUCUCGGCGGGCGGGAUCGACGUCUCCUCCCUCCGCUCCCUCUUCCGCGGGAUGGGCGUGGGCAGCAGCCGCGCGCACGAGGCGUGGGAGGUGGUGCGGGGCGGCGCGACGCCGCACGACAUCCGGCAGGGCGCACUCGGCGACUGCUGGCUGCUCUCGGCGCUCGCGCUGCUCGCGGAGCGGCCGCGGCUGCUGGCGGCGGUCUUGCCUUCGCGCGUGGUGGACGCGUCGGGCGCGUACCAGGUGCGGCUCUGCGCGGGCGGCGAGUGGCGCACGCUCAUGGUGGACGACACCUUCCCUUGCCUGCCGCUGCCGAGCCCGUUUGGAGCGCGUCGAGGGGCGCAGUCCCCGGGUGCGCGAGACAAGUCGGCGCAGCGUGCCGUGCCUUGGUCUAGGCGCGACGAGGGGCGUGCCGGCGUUUGGGUGGCCCUCAUCGAGAAGGGCGCGGCCAAGCUGCACGGGAGCUACGAGGCGCUCGAGGGCGGCUCGGUGGAGGAGGCGCUGCGCACGCUGACCGGCUUCCCCACCCAGCGGCUCCACCUCGUCGCGACAGACGGCAGCUCGCGCAAGAAGGGGAUGGGCGGCGGCGGCAAGGAGCGGGCGAGGGACAGCGGCGGUGAGGAGGACCCGGACGUGCAGUGGGCGCGGCUGCUCUCGUUCCACGAGGCGGGAUUCCUGCUCGGCGCCUCGUGCGGCUGCGGCGACGGCGGCGAGGCGGCGGCCGCCGCCGCGGAGGCGAUGGGGCUGCUCGUCGAGCACGCAUACUCUGUGCUCGAGGUGCGGGCGGUGGCCGGGCCGCCGCCGCCUCCGGGCGCGCCGCGCGGGUACCGAGGCAGUGGCGCGCGGCUGCUCAAGCUGCGCAACCCGUGGGGCCGGCUCGAGUGGCGCGGGGACUGGUCGGACGACUCGCCGCUCUGGACGGCCGAGCUGCGGGCUCAGCUCGGCUUCCCCGAGGCGGGGCGCCGCCUGCCCGCCGGGCCAAAGGGGGGCGGCGACGGCGACGACGGCGUGUUUUGGAUGGCGUGGGACGACUUUCGAGACUACUUUACCGCGGUGGACGUCUGCCGGGUGAGGCCCGAGUGGGCCGAGGUCCGCUUCGGGCUCUCGAAGGUGCGCUCGGCAGUCUCGAUCGGCGGGGCCCUGGCGGGCGCGAUGGGGGGCGGGAGCGGGCCGCACCAGUCGCUGCGCGGCUUUGCGCUCGAGGUGCUCGAGACGACGGAGGCGGAGCUGUCGCUGCUGCAGCCGUCGGGCCGCGGCGGCGGCAGCGGGCGGUCGGACGCCGGACUGCUGUCGACGGACUUGCUGUUGCUGCUCGUGUCGCGGCCGGGCGGCUCGGAGGGGCCCACCCUCGGCGGCGGCGGGCUGCGGCUCGUCGAGAGCUCGGAGCGCGAGAUCCGCGAGGAGGUGAGCUGCGAGGCGCUGCUCUCGCCAGGCCACUACCUCGCCCUCCCCCUCUCCCUCCGGCCGGCGCACUCCGACCUCGGCUGGCCUCGCACCGUGCUGCGGGUCGGCAGCGCAAAGCCGCUGCUCUGCGAGGAGGUUGCCGUCGCGCCGUCCGAGCUCGCCGCCGCCGUGGGCGAGUACGCACGGCGGGGCAGCCGCCACCGCGCCUUCGACGGGAUGGACCUCUUCUCGCUGCAGGACGGGUGA